CUCCGUGUAGCCCACCAUACGUAGUGUUCUGUGACCAUACCAGAACGACCCCCACGCCGCCCCAGGUCGAAACCGCCUCGGCGCACACCUCUAGUUGCGUUGCGAUGUGCAAGCGUUCAACAGCAAUUCUGCAGCCUUCUACGUACUGCAGUUGUGGCCGAGUGUGGUAGUCAUGGGUGCAGCAGUAGUGCGACAUAAUACAUUGGCUUGUAGGCAAGUGUUCAUCGUUGCUGUUCGGCCGACCGCCGUUUAAGGACGUGGUUCGGACGUUGGCGCUGAGAUACCGGCAUAUCGUCAAAAAAAGUGACCUGGACAGCGCUAUCGAAACCACCAUCUACCUCAGCCUGCUGCAGUUUCAAGCUGUUAUCAAGUUUGUGCUGGGGGCGUUGUCUCUUUGCAACUGGCUUCACUUAGGCAGCAGCGGCGACGACGAAAGGACGCACGCUAACCUACUGUCUGCACUCUUUGCAGGCUAUGGGUUCUCAUCUGAGCUCGGAGGUGAUGGGAGCCUUUCGACAAUCUCAGGUGUUUGGCGAGAUUACCACAAUUACUUUUGAGCGCCUCAUGGCCAAAGUGAAGGAGCUGAAUGACAUAUGCCAGUGCUUGACAGACACAAAAAACCGUCACCUUGUGUUUGAGGUGUGUGGUACAUCAGAGACGCCUGUGUUGUGGAAGAGUGAAGUUCGGAUCCUCUGCAGUAAGGUUGGUGCAGGGGACAGGCAGGCUCGCCUGCUGACGUUGAGGCAGUUCUUGCACACGUACCACACCAUUAAGGCGUACUACUCAGCUGCUGCCUCAAGUGGAGCUGCCAAGAUGUGUACCUCUACCUUAUUCUCUGGCGUCCUUGGUACUGAGCUGGAGGAGUGCUGCAUCUGCAUGGAGCACAAGCCAGAGGUGACACUGCCCUGCACACACAGCUACUGCCUGCGCUGCAUCGAGCAGUGGAAUGUGUCUAACACAACGUGUCCACUGUGCCGGGAGGAGUUUGAGAGCACCAAUGAAACCUGGGUCAUCUCCGAGGCUCCCGAGUCAUCAGAGGUGUUGAGUGAAAUGCAGAAGGCUCUGUCCAAGUUGCCCGAGCAGGAGAGCAGCAUUCCCAUUGUGAACUGAUUGUGCUCAAUCUAGAGACUGCCGCCUGCUUGACUUUUUCUGCUUGCAACUAUGAGGCCCUGCAGCACUAAUCAUAGAAUAGGAUUUUAUCAGUUCACGUAUUGACUGCUGUAAAUGUUUUUUAAGUCUGUUGAGUGCGGCGGGGUUGUACGUUAUGCAGCGCCCCUUCUUUCGUUCCACGCUGAGAUGGCAGUGGUAAUAAGAAGGCAUUUUAGUGUUCCUCAUGAGCAAUUUCUCAUCUCAUUAAGAAAAACACUGCCGAUAUGAUGGCAAGCAGGCUAGUGCUGGAUCAUAUUGGCUCUGCUUGGUGGAGGUGGAAACUGUGCAGUGGAAGUUCGUUCAGUUGUGCCCAGCGGAGUUCUUUAUGUGGUUAGCACAGGCAUUAUCGAUUAUCCUGCGUCGGUUCACCGAAGGUUGCCAUUCCUUUUUAGACAGUGACGACAGUGAAGAUGGCAAGUGAUGACUGGCAAGUCAUCCUUGCUUUUAAUGCUUGUAAAAAAGACAGCGUGUGUAAUGACGAGCGUACCACUGGUUUUGUGUACAACAAUAUGUGUGCAUCAAUGAGUCCUAUGGUAGCAGCGUCAAUACAAGGUGAGUGAUCAGCUGAAGCACACGUUGCUUGAAAGGUCUCGAGCUCAGUGCAUGUGCCGCCGCUCAUGAAUGUAAAAUAAGACAAAAUAAUGGAGACAACUGAGAUAGGAUGUGCAUCUUGUUUGUAAGAGAAGACUGAAGACACUAUUUUUGUUUUCCUGUAUUUGUUGUGUUAACAACAUUGCGUUGAUUGAUAGUGUGAGGUUUAACGAAUAACAUUGCAUACUCGGUUACUUUGAUACCUAGGUAAAAUUCUUUACCACUUAGGAGACUCAGACAUAAUGUGGCCGACAUAGGAACCAGUAUGUGCUGCAGUUUUUAUUCUUUUAGAUUCCUGAGCUGUAUGCCACACCGAAAUUUGUAAUUGUGUUCUUACUAUGAUCGCUCUCCCAUACAGACUCGGUGACCAUUUAGUCAAGUUUUCAUUACAGCGCCUGCAGGACCUGUCCCUUUAUACGCUGAUAGUAUCAAACAGUUGAUAUACGUGUCGCCUUUCAUUUUUUAUACAAGUAAGCUUUUUUUAAUAAAAACGAUUUGACAGUCAU